GAGCAGGGGCUACUCUUCAUUGAGGUGCACGGGCUUCUCAUCAUGGUGGCUUCUCUAGUUGUGGAGCACGGGCUCUAGGCGCGCGGGCUUCAGUAGUUGUGGCUUGUGGGCUCUAGAGCACAGGCUCAGUAGUUGCAGCACAGGGGCUUAGUUGCUCUGCGGCACGUAGGAUCUCUCUUGACCAGGGCUCGAACCCGUAUCCCCUGCACUGGCAGGUGAAUUCUUAACCACUGUGCCACCAGGGAAGUCCCUGGAGUGGGCUUCUUUAGAAAGAGUUCUCAGAGAAGACUUCUCUGAGGAGGCGACCUUGGAGCCGAGACCCACUAGAUGAGACGGAGCCAGUACCAAACUUUAGCUUGGCCAAUGGAGCAGAAACCAGUAUGACGAGGGUCACACACACCAGUGAGGCUGGACAAGUAGACAAGAGCCAGACCAUGGAGGCCCUUGAAGGCAAUGGUAAUGAGUUUGGAUGAAUUGCUGCCACAGAGGGUAGACACUGAAUGGCAAGCAUGGGGAUGAUGGGCUCGGGUGUACGUUAUCAAACGUUGGCAGCUUGGGCUAGGGAGGUGGCAGCAGAGAUGGAGAGAAGUAGAUGGUCUGGGGAAGUAUUGAAGGUGGAAGGUGGGGUGGAGGAUGGGCACUGACUGCAAAGACAUAUUCCUUCUAACUUUGUUGUGUGUACACAGCCCCUGGGAGAGGAGAUGCCUGGAGGCCAAGAGGGGUUCUCUCACCAAGGGCGAAGGAAGAGCACUGAACUGGGAAUCAGGACGUCUGAGUCCUCCGUAUCUUAGGCAUGGAGACUGGACUGGGUCACCUCUAAAGGCCCUUCCAGCCCUAGCAGCCCAGCCCUUGUUCUAUGUCAAUUGUUGGGGCAUCCAAAGGGGGAAGUGUCAAAGGAGCUGUCAAUCAAGGUUGAUUUCACAGAGCAACGGCCCAGGUCUCUAUCUCCGGGGCUGCUUACCCCAGGGAUGAUGUUAGUCCUUUCACCACCUCUUAUCUGCCCCCAGGGAGGUGUUGGCUAAGCCCAGGCAGCAGGCGGUCGAUCAGCUCUGAAGUUCUGUCUCCUGCAGUUCAUUGCUUCUCUGAGGGCAGAACUUGGAGCUAGAAGAGGCUAACCGGCCUCUUAUGGUCUGAGAGGAAGGGUGGUGGGACCUCUGGCUGGAAUCGAACCUCUCUUUCUCCCUGUCCGUAUUUCCUGACCUUCUGUCCCUGGGUUCUUCAGAAGGCCCUCCAGCCCAUUCCUUUGAGACACUCCCCUGUGCCAAUCAAUCCCCCACCAUGAAUUGCACCAACUGUAAAUUUCAUCCUGGGAAGGAAAUGGGCCUCGAGGGUUGUAUGCGUCUUCUAGGCCACAGAUGUAGUGACUUCAAAGAGCACACAUUUAUUAGCUCACAGUUCUGUAGGUCAGAAGUCCGGGCAUGGCAUGGCUGGAUUUUCUGCUCAGAGUCUCUCAAGGCUAAAAUCAAGGUGUUGGCUGAGCUGUGUUCUCACCUAGAGUUCAGGGUCCUCUUCCAAGCUCACAUGGUUGUGGUAAGAUUCUGUUCCUUCUGCUGUUCCUGGCUGGCUGUCACAUGGGGGCUGCUCCACAUUCCUUGCCCUCCGUCCUCAAAGCCAGCAAUGGAGAGCCUCCCUUGGGUGGAAUCCUGCUCAUGGUUUUUUUUGCAGUACGCAGGCCUCUCACUGCUGUGGCCUCUCCCGUUGCAGAGCACGGGCUCCGGACGCGCAGGCUUGGCGGCCAUGGCUCACGGGCACAGCCGCUCCGCGGCAUGUGGGAUCCUCCUGGACCGGGGCACGAACCCGUGUCCCCUGCAUCGGCAGGCAGACUCCCAACCACUGCGCCACCAGGGAAGCCCCCUGCUCAUGUUUGUAAUCUCUGACUUCAGAAAGAGCCCAGUCACUUUAAAGGGCUUUUGCCUGAUUAGAUCAGACUCAUCCAGGAUAUUCUCCCUCUCCUAAGGUCAACUGUCCCAUAUAAUAUAACACAACCACUGGAGUAAAUGCCAUCCUCUGUCCCCAUGUACAGUCCUGGGGAUUAUGCACCACGUGUGCACGAGAGUGGGAGAAGGAUCUUCGGGGACGUCUUAGAAUUCCGCUGAUUACGAGAGCCAAGGAGGACGUUUUUGGUGGAGAAGGUUGGAGGCCAUUCCUGGCAAUUUGAGAACAAAUCAUCCAGUAAAGUGAGAAGUUCCUUUGCCUUUUGGGAGGACAUAGAGCAAUCUCAUGGAUGGUUUGAACACUCACCCUAGAAACAUCACACCAUGUGUUGUCUAUGUUUGCAGAGUUCAUGGCCCCUUGAAUCCAUUCAUCGUUUCUAGGUUGAUAAACCCUGGGGCAGGGUGUGGGGAGGGUGCAAGUGGAGAUGAGGGUUGAGCGGUGUGAGUUGGGUAUUUGGAGCUGCAGAGUUUUCUACCUUCAAGCUGCUCUGUGUUGGUCAUGGGAGGGAGUAUUUACUGAAUGAAUGAAUGUAUGUGUGUGUGUGUGUGUCCAGCUCUGUUCUCCAUUGCAGGAUAAAGCCAAAAUGAAACUCCACCUACUUCUGGCUCUUCUACUUGGGACAGUUUCAGCUUUUCAUCUGAGAACUGAAAUGUACAACAUUGAGAGCCCCUUGGGAGAUGACACCCUGCUAGGUGGGGGGGUACCAGAAAGUGAGGCAAAGGAGAUCCCUGUGGAGGGACUGCUAGAGGAAGAGGAAGACAGGGGCUCUGGAAGUGAAGAUGCCCCCAGGGAAGAGGGGGCUGUUGAGUCCAUCUCGGCCUUGGAUGAGGUAGACAGGGACCUUCAGUGUCCUAAGGAUGAGGACACAGUAAAACUGGAGGGCAUCCCUGGAUGCAAGACCUGCCGCUUCCUCCUGUUAACUUGCCAGAGGUGCUACCGGGGCAGACUCAUCUCCAUCCACAACUUCAGCCUUAAUUACCAUAUCCAAUGCUUAGUCCGACAGAUCGACCAGGGCCAAGUCUGGAGCGGAAGCCAGGUCACCGGCCGGGGUCGCUGCCCAUGCUUUUGCUGGCUCGACGGCACUCCCUGGAAUUUUGCGUACGGGGCUGCUGGCCAGCCCUGGGGCAGUGCUGGUAGAUGUGUGACCCUGUGCACCCGAAGAGGCCACUGGCGUCGAGCUCCCUGUGGUGUGGGUCUCCCGUUCAUCUGUUCCUACUGAGCUGGAUCUUCCUGGGCAGGCUCCUCCCAUCCCCUCCCCUCCAGCCCCCAGCAAUGAAAUUGUUUUCCUGAAA